CGCCCCUGCUUUGAUAAGUACAGUCUCACGAAUAAACUUAGUGGACCCAUUCGUCGGCUUCAGAUCUACGAGUCAUCAUUGUGCAUGAACAUAUAGACCUCUUAUCGUAUACACGAUCAGCAUAAGAAUCUCUUACCAGUAUCAGACCUCCGCCGCAUCAUUGGCUCGAAUUAGCACGUCCUCGCCACAUACCGGACAAAAGCAUUUCCCUGCAAUCUUAGAACAUCAUGGGCAAAGAGGAACCUCAGCCGCGGUCAUUGACCAUUCAAAAUAUCAACCCAAACGUCAAGGAAGCCAAAUAUGCCGUCCGUGGUGAGCUGGCCAUCAAGAGCGAGGAAUACCGAACCAAGAUCGCCAAGGGUGAAGGCAAGGAUCUUCCAUUCGAAUCAGUCAUCAGCGCCAACAUUGGUAACCCUCAACAACUCGACCAGAAGCCCAUCACAUUCUUUCGCCAGGUCACCAGCCUUCUAGAGAACCCGCUUCUAUUGGAGAAGGAGGACGUUUUGAUCAAUGGUUUGGGAUACAAAAAGGAUGUCAUUGAGCGGGCCCACACGCUCCUGAAGGAUGUCAAGAGUGUUGGAGCCUACUCACAAUCGCAGGGUGCACCGGGGAUCCGUGAGAGCGUCGCCAAGUUCAUUGAGGAGCGGGAUGGUCAUUCUGCCGACCCCAAGAACAUCUAUCUUUGUGGAGGUGCCAGUGCGGGUGUCAAUGCCUUGAUGAAUGUGAUCUGUGCUAGUCCCGAAACUGGCAUUCUGGUUCCUAUCCCUCAAUAUCCUCUCUACACGGCCACACUGGCGUUGCUCAACGCCAAAGUGGUCCCAUACUAUCUCGAGGAGCAAUCAGGAUGGAGCACAGAUGUUCCUGGCAUUCGCGAAGCAUUAAGCAAUGCCCGCAAGGAAGGCAUCGAUGUGCGUGCUGUUGUGGUCAUCAAUCCCGGCAAUCCUACUGGUGGUUCAUUGAGCGCCGACAACAUCGCCUCGGUGAUCGAGCUUGCUGCAGAGGAGAAGCUGGUGGUUCUUGCCGAUGAAGUCUACCAGACCAAUGUCUUCGAGGGCAAAUUCCACAGCUUCAAGAAGGGGCUCCGUGAUCUCCAAACGAGCGACAAGAACAAGGAGGGCAAGUUUGACAACGUCGAAUUGGCCAGCUUGCACAGCAUCAGCAAAGGCAUGGUUGGCGAGUGUGGUCACCGCGGUGGCUACUACGAGAUGGUCGGCUUCGAUGAAGAGGUCGUCGCACAAAUCUACAAAUUCGUCAGCAUCAUGCUCUGCCCACCCGUCAUCGGCCAAUGUCUGGUUGAGCUGAUGGUCAACCCACCCAAGGAGGGCGAGCCAUCCUAUGCUCAGUACAAAGAGGAGUACGACGGAAUCUUCAAGGACCUACACACCCGCGCCAUGGCGCUCUACAAGGCUUUCCAGGAGAUGGAGGGCGUCGAGUGCCAGUACCCUCAGGGCAGCAUGUACCUCUACCCGACCAUCAAGCUGUCUGACAAGGCUAUCGAGGCGGCCAAGAAGGCCAACAAGGGCGCUGACGAGAUGUACUGCAUGGAGCUCCUCGACGCGACGGGUAUUUGCAUCGUCCCAGGAUCCGGGUUUGGACAGAAGGAGGGUACAUUGCAUUUCCGAACGACCUUUUUGGCACCGGGCACGGAUUGGGUGUCCCGAAUCACUGCUUUCCAUGGGAAGUUCAUGGACAAGUACCGGUGAUUGGAAUAAUGCUAGAUAUUGGAGUGACAGUGAUGGACUCAGUUCAGUAUAUACAAGAUAGCGUUGAAUCAUGCCUCUACUUCUCCUCAUAUCGUUCGUGCUCUUAUGACACGGGUCCGAGGAUAGCUCAGAUGCUGCAAUGCACUGUUGUGGAAAUGUUUUGCUGAUUUAGGCAGAGCUGCAUUAUAG